GUCAUUGUUUCCAUUUCAAGUGCAUAACAUAUAUCUACCAAAAACCUAUCUUUGGGUUAAAGCCAAAAGAAUUAUCUUCAUUCAUCAUGUUCUCGAUGCGUCUUUCAGUCGUUAAGGCCAUUGUGUUUUCGUUAUAUGCUUCUAUUAAGCUAUGCAGCAGCGAAGAGACUGUAAGUCUGCCAAAAGAUGUCUCGAUACCAGCAGUCAUAGCAUUCGGAGACUCCUUCGUCGACACAGGGAAUAAUAACCAUAUCAAGACUUUGAUCAAGGCUGAUUUUCCUCCUUAUGGAAAGGAUUUUAUGGGUGGAAAACCAACCGGAAGGUUCUCCAAUGGGAAAGCAAUAGCUGACAUUUUAGCCAAGGCAUUAGGAGUGAAGGAGUCUCUUCCAGCAUAUCUAGACCCUUCCGUACAAGCCAAAGAUCUUCUAUCAGGUGUUAGUUUUGCUUCUGGUGGCACUGGGUAUGAUCCAUUAACACCCAAAAUAUCGUCUGUUAUACCACUAUCUGUUCAAUUGGACAACUUCAAACAAUACAUUGGGGAGCUCAAGAGAAACAUUGGAGAAGAAGCUGCACAGAAUUUAAUCACGAACAGUGUGUUUUUGGUAGUAGCAAGCACCAACGAUUUGGUUUUAAACUACUUUGGGGUUCCCGUCAGAAGACUAGAAUAUGAUGUCCCUGCUUAUGCUAACAAGCUGGUAAAAUUAGCCUCGAACUUUGUACAGGAAAUAUACAAUCUGGGAGCAAGAAAGAUUGCUGUCUUUAGUGCACCCCCAGUUGGCUGUCUUCCUGCAGUGAGAACCUUAGCCGGAGGUGCACUUAGAAGGUGCAAAGAUAAGGAAAAUAAGGCAGCACAACUGUUCAAUAGCAUGCUAGAAAAACAGCUCCAAGUUCUUGCAAGCAGCCUUCCUGAGUCCAGGGUUGGCUUUAUAGAUUUCUACAAUCCUUUGAUAAGCAUCAUCGAGAACCCUAACCAAUACGGGUUGGAAGUAAUCGAUAAAGGUUGUUGUGGAACCGGAGCGAUAGAGGUAGCUGUUCUAUGUAAUAAACUCAGCCCAACAUGCUACGACGAUUCUAAAUUCUUGUUCUGGGAUAGUAUCCACCUAUCGGAGGAAGGAAGUAAAAUCUUUGUAAAUCAUAUUCUACCGGAUGUGGUGAAUAGUUUGUUCUAGAUGUAUCCAGAUUUUACUGAUGAGGGGAAAUGGUAUUGUGGAGAUAAUGAACCUUGUUUUAUGAAUAAAGGCAGGCAAUUUCGUUCACUUUGGAAUCUAAUUACCGUAGCCUUCACCUUUCUUUUGGUC